AUGUGGUGGGUAUUACAUAGAAGGACAAACAAGAAGAACUUACACCGCGAUUGCGAGAAUAAGAGAAUAUGUGACUUUGGGAAAGACUUGGAGGAGAUACUAAAUGGGAGGCUAGAGACAAUAGAAGAGGAACCAGAAGCAGAAGAGCGAGAGUGGUUAGGAGAAUCGCAGAAGCCAGUGUUGGUUAAGGCUAAGAUGAAAGUUGAGAAAGGAAAAUCAAUAGUAAGAGCAAAAGUGAAGACUGGGAAAGUGUUUUACAUGUUGUGUGUUAUUGGCUUAGCCUCUAAACGUGGUUUUAGAGAUCUUGUUCUUCACUAA